CCGCAAUCGUUCCUCCCCUGUCGGGUCUUCCUGCGUCCCACUAUGACGGGUGUUCCCAACGAAACCCCGCCGACUUCCAUUGAUUUGUUUUGCUCCUUUCGUCCCUCCCACAGCUGUCCCUUCAACAACACAGCAGCCCGGUUUGGCCUGAGCAGCAGCACAAAAUGGCGCCACCCGACGACCUGAUUGACUUCGAUGUCAUCGAGAGCCAGAAGGAGAACAUCCAGUCGCUCCCUGGCGGGCGGUCAGCAAGGAAGCUGGCCGAGCUGUACACGCCAUCUCCACUCGCAAAGAUGGACACGCCGACCCCGAGCGAUACCAAAAAUGUCCACGACUGCAUCCGGGCCGAGUACGAGGCCGAGCUCGACACCAUAGCUGACCUUGACGACCCCCUCGACGUCUACGACCGCUAUGUUCGCUGGACCUUGGACGCGUAUCCUUCGGCGCAGGCGACCCCCCAGUCCCAGCUACACAUCCUCCUGGAGCGUGCCACGAAGGCCUUCAUUGGCUCCUCCCAGUAUAAAAAUGACCCGCGCUACCUAAAGCUGUGGCUCUACUACACCCAGAUGUUUUCCGACGCACCGCGCGAGACAUUCCUGUAUCUCUCGCGCCACGGUAUCGGCGAGAGUCUCGCGCUGUUUUACGAGGAGUACGCCGCCUGGCUCGAGGGGGCCGGCCGCUGGGCGCAGGCGGAGGAGGUCCUUAGGCUGGGUAUCGAUCGCGAGGCACGUCCGCAACAGCGCCUGAUUCGCAAGCUUGGCGAGUUUGAGCAGCGCCGCGAGCAGAACGGUGAGGCCGACGGAGACGAGCCCUCGUCGCCGGCCAUCCCGACUGUGCGGCCCGCCCUAGCGGCCAAGGUGGACCCCUUCGCGGCCGCAGCCGCCGCCGGACCCGUCGAACCCCAAGCGCCAAGGCCAAGCAACGGUGUCGGCGGUCGGGCGGCGAAACCGGCCAAGUCCAAGCUAGCUAUCUUCUCCGACGCCGAUGCAGCAGGGCCUGCCCUCCCUUCACACGAGGCCGGGUCCAAGGGCUGGGACAGCAUCGGGUCGCUAGCUGAGCGCAAGAAGGAGAACGUGAUGGCACCAAAGCCUUGGGUCGGGGAGACGUUGAAGGCGGGCUCCAAGAAGGCGAGUGGGCCUAAGCUGGCAGUGUUCAAGGAUACGGACUAAUGUAUGGUGGCGAAUAUCGGUAUCCCGACUGGUUGCUCCUUUUGUUCUGUACUUUACAGUCUCUUUUGAUGAAAUCCCACAUCCCUAUUGUGGCCUCGCAACACCAAGUGACGAUGAACAACCCGGCUGGCAAGAAGCAGCGCAUUGUAUUCGAUCUCAGCGUGCUGUACCCCACGCCGGAAAUUCCGGGAUCCGAGUUGAGUUUUGAGGAGGUACUGCUGGCUCGGGCUGGCUGGCUAGACGAGAGGCCGGCGGCGCCUUCUCCCACACCUCCUCGGCACGCAUCCUGUGGGGGUAGGGACGAGAACAGCCGGCCCUCGCCUUCUCCCACACCCCCUCGGCGCGCAUCUCCCCCCAGGGACGAGAACAGUCUUCCCCCGCCUGCGCCAGUUGCACCACGCUUGGAGGUCUUCCGUGAAAAUAAUGAGAACGUGCCGCAGAAGCUUGUCAUCCACCGCGAUGUUGUCGUGCCUUUGGAUGAGAACGGGGCCCCUAUAAAGGCGUAUCCUAAAGAAGGUCGACCAAAAAAGAAAAAGGUCACGGAGGUCAACGAGACCCAGAUCAUCAAAGCGAAGCUGGACUCGCCGUCACGACCCAAGCUGUUGAAGAAAAAGGGCAGUUCGGAGCCAACAAUGACCAUGCACACACGAGCAGCCACGGAUGACAUCUACGACAUCUUCAAUGCCCCCAUAAAACACCCAACAAAUCAGGAAGAAGAGGAAGAGGAUGGAAGUGCCGAUGAUGAUGACUAUGAUACAGAUGAAUACACCAGCGGCGCGGAGAGUACCGGGACCACGCGGCGCCUCUCGAUUAGCGAAGCUGAAGAUGAAGACAACGAGGGGGCCGAAGACGACGAGGACGAUGCGGUGGAUGGAGACAAAACAGCGGAUGCUAGGAGCGUGAGCGAGUGGUCCGACUUUACCGCCCGCAAGCAUAUCCCGCACAUUCCCGGAGUGAACGAUGAGAACGAUGACGCUGUCGAGGGAGAGGGCGAUGUAACACAACUGUCUCACGUGAACGACGGUACAGAUGAGGAGGCAGAGGAGGGGGAGGAGGAGGAGGGGGAGGAGGAGGGGGUGUCCACGCCAGUGGAUGACGAACAGCACGAGACUAGAACGACCUUUGUUCCGAUUCCGCCCGAGGAUUACAUCCCGCAGACACGGAUGUAUCGGGACCCGGUCGAGAUGGCUAAUAACCGUCUCCCGUUCAUGACGCCUAUCACGGAGCGGACCGAGACGGAGCUGGACCUGCGGUCAGUGCGGACCUCGCUGACCAAGACACCGAGCAGGUGCCAAAGACGCCUUCCUCCCGUCAGCGAUGACGAAGACGAAGACGAGGUGGAGUCCCAACAGGACGUCGCUGAGUCUGAGCCGCCCAGCAGCCCCCUUCAAGACCUAGUGGGCGGCGGUUCGCCAUCUCCACAGAAACCGUCAAACAUUGUUGUGCCUGUGCAGCUGCCCAAGGCGCAGGUCAAGAGCGCGCCCAUCAGGGGCCCACCGAAAGGCCCCCUUAUAAACGACACUCUAUGCAAUCCUGUCGACGACGCCGUCAGGGCUCAGAUUCUUACCAAGAUGCACCCGCCGCUCAGUUCUCAGUUGCGCUUCUAUGACCAUCGACCUGCCAAGUACGAGAAGGCGGCCGAGAUCCGCAGGUUUGCCAAAGCCAGGGCCAAAGCCAAGAGCAGUGGCGAGAAGACAGGCAGUGUGCCAAUGCCUCCGCCCAUCGAGUUUCCUGGAUGCGAGAUGAGUUACACGGUGAAAAAGGAGCUUGGGGCUGGCGCAUUUGCUCCGGUGUACCUUGUCGAGAACUCGUCCCCCGACGCGCAGGAUGAUGGCGAGGACGGCGCCAUUAGCGAGAUGGGCAAGGGUGCAUUCUCAACAAUGCAGACACGGCGGGACCGACUGGAGGCGCUCAAGAUGGAGACGCCGCCCUCGGCGUGGGAGUUUCAUAUGAUGCGGCUAGCGCACGGGAGACUAGGCCCACACGAGAGGGCCACGGCGUCGCUGAGCUCCGCGCUCGAGAUGCAUCUCUACCAGGACGAGAGUUUCCUGCUGCUGCCGCUUCAUCCGCACGGGACACUCCUGGACGUUGUGAACCUGUUCCGGGCUGAGCCUUCGGGCACUAUGGAUGAACUGCUGGCCAUGUUCUUCACCAUCGAGCUCCUCCGCACGGCCGAGGCUCUCCAUGCGCAUCAGAUCCUACACGGCGACCUAAAGGCCGACAACUGCUUGUUGCGCCUAGACGCCUUUCCCGCGGCGGCGGGCGGCGGGGAGCUCAGCAGCAAGUGGCGGGCCGACGGGAGCGGAGGUUGGGCGUCGCGGGGUGUGACGCUCAUCGACUUUGGGCGAGGCAUCGAUAUGCGCGCGUUCCGACCCGACGUCCAGUUCGUGGCGGACUGGAAGACGAGCCCGCAAGACUGCGCCGAGAUGCGCGAGGGCCGGCCGUGGACCUGGCAAAUCGACUACCACGGCCUCGCCGGCACCGUGCACUGCUUGCUAUUCGGCCGCUACAUCGAGACGGUGCGGUGCGAGGGCGGCGGCCUGGGCACAGCCGCCGCCCGCCGGUACCGCGUCCGCGAGAGCCUCAAGCGCUACUGGCAGACGGAGCUGUGGUCCGACUGCUUCGACCUGCUCCUCAACCCGGCGGCUCACGCUGCCGCUGCCGCUGCUGCCGCGGCCGAGGACGGCGACGGCCGCAUGCCGGUGCUCAAGGGCAUGCGCUCCGUGCGCGAGCGCAUGGAGGCGUGGAUCGAGGCCAACUGCGAACGAGGUGUCGGGCUGAAGAGCCUGAUGAGCAAGGUGGAGGCCUGGGCAAAAGGCAGGAGGUGAUACUUGGCAGGUGGCUGUUUCGAUUCCCCAUUGCGCAAGACUUUACGAUUUGAUCCUUCUCUUCUUUUUCUUUUCUUCGGCUGGGCUUCCUUUGUCCCCUACACUCAGGUUGGCGGGGCUGUGGUCGUCCUACUUGUGGCAGCGGAGGAAUACCAAUACUGGGCUUUGUUCUUUUCUUUCUAUAUUUUCCCCUUCUCAUCCUAUCUUCACACGUCCCAUUAUUAUUCCAGCUUUUGCCCAGACAUUUUCGUUGAUACCCGAACCCAUUUGAGUACCUACACACUUGCUUGUCUUUUGAAUGCCAACUCGUCGCCGCGUUGCCGUUAUACUGGCGGGAAUAAUCCUCUCGUAUCUUACAACUUGUAAUGCUGGCGGCUGUCGCCUUCUACACAAAGACCAGAAAAUGAAGGAAAUAAAACACCCUGGCAGCUGUCAACAUGAUCAGUUGCUCUCAUCCUCG